UAUGCCAACAGUUCAGUGCGCUGCUUGAUGAGGGAGGGGUAUACAACCUGAAGUAUUUCUUAGUCAGGAAAGCUAACAGAUUCUACAAACCGGUUGAAAACUGCAAUAUGAUCAGCUUUACAAAGUGGACUACGAUUGAGGUUGUCCUCCAGAUCCCCCCUGCUUUUCCGGUUUGCACAUAUAACCUCACUCCCAUAGAACAGCUGCAACCGCGCGUGGACUACAAGGAAUAUUUCAUGGAUGUGCUCGGUGUUGUCAGUGUGAUCUCCCAUGUUUCGUCGCUGCGCACAAGGGGACGACAGGCUGAGGUUAUGAAGAGAACAGUCACUAUAAGCAAUGCAAGGGAUACUGGGCCAACCGUUGAUGUUGUGCUUUGGGGCGAGCGGGCCACAGCUUUCCCAGCUGAACAGAUCCACAGGGACAGUGGAUCCUCACCACAGAUAAUAAUAUUUGUUGGCACUCUCGUGAGGAGUUACGCUGAUAAUGUGUCUUUAUCCGGUGGAUCAUCAUGCAAGUGGUACAUAAACGCACCGGUCCCGGAAGUAAACGCUCUCAGAACUAGUGCUGAAACCAACCACCACCCUGUCAUUUGGGAUCAGGGGAAAGCAGCUGCUGAGGGUACAGUGAUUGCGGUGCCUGAACAUAAGAAACUCAAGGAUAUUAAGUACCUCCAUCCUUUUGAAAAUAAGAAGAAGGAAUGGCUUGUCAUCGUAAAGAUUCUCAAGAUUGAUAGAUCAUGGUGGUACAACGCAUGCAAAAAAUGCCUUAGGACAACCAAACCACACGGUGACACAUAUAAGUGCACCAAUAGUUCCUGUGACAGCAUUGGAUCGCCUACCCCAAGUGCUUUUGGACACGAGCGCCACCAGCUAUGGAGACCCGCUUUUGGGAACUGA